AGCCUGCUGAAGUGGUCUCCCUCAGGCCUCGGUUCUUGCCCCCUCAGAAACCAGUUGUCUGGGGGCCUGGGGCCUCGGGCCGUGGCUGCGUGGAGGAACCGAGCAGAGCAGGUCGGGCUUCCCCGGAGGGGAGAUUGAUCCAGAGCGGGGUCUCCUCCAGAGAGACACAACUCUUGGGAAUCCCGCAAGCUCAGUGUGUGCAGGUGGUGGUGGCCACUCCUGCUGGAAGGGAGAAAGGCUUGAUUCUGGGAGAUCGGAGACAGCUUGGAAGUUCCAUGGAAUGCCUCACAGGAAGAGGGAACUUGCUGUUAGGAGCUGCAGCUGAUAAGGGAAGUACUGACCCCUCAGAUGUUCACAGUGCAAGCAAGUGUACUAUUGCUCUGCAGAUUGUCAGAAAAAAGAUUGGCCGGCACAUAGUGUUUGGAAGUAGUAACAAUGAAGGCGAGUUACCUGCUAAAACCAAGAAGCUACAAGUUAAUUCGGCUUCUGUGGAUUCUCUCAAGACAGAACAGCACAUCAAGAAAAUAAUGCUUUCAGAUCUCCAGACUCUAGAGAUCAAAAAAGCUAUGGAAAUACAGGGUACAGUAACGAAGUUCAAGAGUCCGAGUGAGUUUUAUAUUCAGAUGAGUUCUCCAGAAGUAUUGGACCAGAUCGGUAAACUUUGUGUGAAACUGCAAGACCAUUACACUAGCACAGGUAUUGAAGAGCAAUAUAUUGCUGUCAAAGGGGAAGUCUGCAUUGCAAGAUGUUCUUUGGAUCAGACCUGGAACAGAGCACUGGUAAAAGAUGUGGAUAUAUUGCAAAAGAAAGCACAAGUAUUCUAUAUAGAUUGUGGAAAUGAAGAAAAUAUUCCACUCUCCUCGAUUAAAGCUCUGCACAGAGACAGUGACCUGUUGUUUCCUCCAUGUGCCAUUAAAUGUUCAGUUGCUAAUUAUGAUCCAAAAGAAGAAUGGAGUGAAGGCAUUGCCGGCUUUUUGUCUCAGCUCGUGGGAGAGCAGUGUUCAGUAACUGUUGUUGACGUAUUACAGGAGGAGAUGAUGUUGAAUUUUGCUGUAGAUGUUGUUCUUCCAGAUUUUAGAGGUUGUCUAAAUAAAGUAUCUUUAGAAACGAGGCAUGAUUUAACUCCAGAAAGUAAUGCCGUAGGAGCAGACUCUCCAAGAGUGUCAGAAGUCCCUUCUAAGGGAAGUAAGGAAAAAAUACCUGAAGACAAAGACUUUCUUGACUGCACUAAUUCAGUUGCAGAGUGUGUCUCUGUAUGUAUUGAAGAUACAUUUUCUGGUGUGGUUUCCUGCCUUCAAAGUCCAGAAGACUUCUACUGCCAGCAGAUACACAGUGCUCGUCUACUUGCUGAGCUUCAAGUGUCUCUUAAUGAACAUUGUGGCAAAUUUCCCAGUAGUCCAGCUUUCCAUCCUGCUGUUGGAAGUCUGUGCUGUGCCCAGUUCACAGAAGACAAUCUUUGGUAUCGUGGUGUUGUUACAGCAUGUGUUUCUGAAGAUACCGUUUUGGUCGGCUAUAUAGAUUACGGUAAUCUUGAAGCUCUUCCACUGACGAGACUUCAACCUAUGAUUCCAAGAUUAAUGGACUUGCCAGCUCAAGCCAUCAGAUGUGCCUUGGCAGGUGUCAAGCCAGCAGAAGGAGCCUGGACCUCAAAAGCUAUUUCUUUUAUGAACCAAUUGGUGAAAGAUAAAGUGUUAACAGUACAGGUAGUGGAUAAAGAGGAUUAUCGAUCGGUGGUGGAGCUUGUAGAUGCAUCAGUUACUCCAGUAAUAAAUGUAUCAAGCUGUCUCAUAGAGAAGGGAUAUGCAACUGAGGAAUCACAGGUGGCUGUACCAGCGAUUGGAAUGAGGGAUGUCAAGGAAGCAAAUGAGGACACAAUGAACAAAAGAAUUUGCAAGUGGAGUCAAUUAACUCUUAAGCAAACAGUAGAUGUCAUAGUGUGUACGCUGUACAGUCCUGGAGAGUUCUACUGUCAGAUUUCAAAUAACAGUGAGUUGUUUGCUCUAAAGUUACUUAACAAAUCGUUGUCUGAAUACUGUCAGAAAACUCCACCAAAUGUUUUUAAGCCUAAGAAUGGAGAACCUUGCUGUGCUUUUUUCUCUGGUGAUGGUAACUGGUACCGUGCUUUGGUGCAAAACGUUACUUCAGGUAAAACUGUUAAAGUACACUUUGUGGACUAUGGAAACAUUGAGGAAGUACCACUGGAUAAAAUACGGCAGAUCUCAUCCUCAUUCCUAACACUUCCAUUUCAAGGAAUUAAAUGCUGGCUCUCAGGUAUCAAGCCUAGUAGCAGCAAAUGGAUUCCAGAAGCUACAGCAAGAUUUCAUAUGUACACUGCAGGGGUAAAGCUUCAAGCCACAGUAACUUCCCUUUCCAGAGAUGGGGCAGGUGUAGAGCUUAUUGACAAUUCCACAGGUCAUCCAAAAGUGAUCAAUGAGAUAUUAACUUCUGAAAAAUUAGCUGUAAAAGAAGUUCUACAAGAUAAAAAUAAUUUCCCAAACAAAUCUGACAAAAAGCUGGAAAAGUUUGUCAGAAAAGAAACCUCACCUGGGCACUGGAAAUCAGUUGAAUUGGCCACAGGUGAAAGAGUAUCUGUCUGUGUAACCGAAGUUGUAAGCCCAGACCUGUUCUAUGCUGUACCAGUGCAAACUAAAGGUGAGAAAAAUCUACAUAGACAGGUGAAGGAACUGCAGCAGUAUUGCCAAUCUUGUAAGACCCAGUCCUUCAAACCAAAACUAGGUGAAGCCUGUUGUGCCAGGUUUUCAGGUGAUGGCCAUUGGUACAGAGCUCUUGUUCUAAGCACUUCUCAGUCUGCAGUGAAAGUGCUGUACAUGGACUAUGGGAACACAGAAACUUUACCACUUUCAAAGGUGCUGCCAAUCUCCGAUUCCUACCUAGAGCUGCCUUUUCAGACAAUUAUAUGUUCACUUGCAGGAAUAGAGAAAGCUGAGUGGUCUCCAUUAUUACUUGACAAGCUGAAAGAAAUGUUAUUGAAUAAAUGCGUUACAGUUACAGGGAAAGGGACUAAUGGAAAUGUUAAUUUAGUAACAGUGGAGAAACCUGGUGAAAAUGGCAGUCUGAAUGUAGCUGACAAACUGGUAAUGGAAGAUUUGGUCAAAUCUUGCAGCGCUGAAAACUUACCUACUAAACAUCACGGUGAUGGGGGCGAGACCAAAUGCUGCUGCACAGAAUUGAAAAUGCAAGUAAGAUUCAGUCCAAGCAAUACUCACUUUUUUACAAUUCUAGAAUUUAAAAGAAAAACCCUCUAUGGGAA